AAUGGUGGAGGGCAUUUAUGUAAUUGAAUCAAACCACGUGUGGUUUAUUUCAAUUUUCGAAGGGUUUUGUGUUUUCAGCUUCUGCUUUUCGUCGACCGACAAUUUGUUGACGGCUGCAAAGAAGAGUACCAAUUAAGCAAUGGGUGACAAAAAGAAGAAGACUUUCAUGUUCAUCCGCCUUGUUUCUGCUGCUGGAACUGGAUUCUUCUAUGUCAAGAGGAAGAGUGCCAAGAAAGCCUUGGAGAAGCUCGAGUUUCGCAAAUACGACCCUCGAGUAAAUCGCCAUGUUCUUUUUACAGAGGCAAAAAUGAAAUGAGAGGGAAAGGCAAUGCAAAAGGUUUAUCUUUUCUUAUCUACUUUUCUGGAUGAGUAUCUUGUGACUGUUACCAUGGAUCAUUUCAUAGUUUAGUGGAGCUGAAUAAUUACUCUUGUAUUAUUGGUUCAAUUUGUGUUCCUUGUUACUCCUUCUAGCCACCAGAGAUUUCUUAACAGACAUGGGACGCCCUGGUUAGGCUUUUUUGUAGGAUGCUCUAGAGCGUGAACAUUAACUGAAUUUGUGAUAUCGUGAUGAUGUUUGUGAUC